UAUGUGGAACUCGAAGCGAUUGAGAUGGAAAUCUCCCGCCGCGGCGACAGUGACUCUGUCUGAAGUGUGUUGCGUGGAUAUUGAAAUUUGAGAAAAUUCACACGCAGUUAGUGUUCUUAGUUCCUCUUCUUGCUCAAGGGUGGUCAAAUGAGGUGAAUUUGGAGCUGGAGGAUAAGAGGUGAAGAAUAAUUGCAAUAUUUCUCAUCUGCAUGACAGAGGGAGAAACAAAGUUUAAGUGUGUGAUUUUGUGGCAAUUCCCCCCAUUGAGGCUACCUGUUUUGCGAGCACAGUGAAGAAGAAUGAGACGUAUUCAAUAGUGGUGUAUUGUGGAGUGUGCGCCAAAUCUCACGCAUUUUCCCUGUUCUCACAAUUAUGCACAAAAUUGCUCAUGUGGAAAUUCUUAUGAGUGCGGAGAGAACCUGGAGCAAGAAGGUGUUGAAAGAGAAGUCUUUCACCUGUGAGAUCAACGAAAGAGGGACGGAAGAUGAAUAAACUUCCGCGAAAUUGAUGAGUAAUUGUAUGGAGCUGGGAAUGCACCAAGACAUUCAUCUCCCCACCUCGAGGCGGAUUCUCUUGUGGCAAUAAUCGCCGAUGUUAUGAUGAAUAUGAAACGGUAUCCGAGUCAAGGUAAAGUGAAUUCCAGCUCAUCAGUUGCGUGUGAGGUGCUGCAGGAGAGAAGACCGCCGAUUCCGCAGCAGAGAACGUCACUGAGGCGAUAUGCAAAUGACUGGACCUCUUGCACGCCAGUGGACAUUUAUGAGAAUCUAAGAACUGACGGGGAGUACUGUGAGAUUGAGGUGAAUGGUGAGAAUAUUUACGAGAAUAUCUGUGACAAGUGUGGGAGGAUUUACUCAGGGGAUCAGUGUGAGUGCACCAAGCCAGCUCCGAAAUCCAAGAAAUUCGUCGAUUUCUUCGGCAGCCUGAAGAGACGCCCCAAGAGUGCUGAGCCUCGUCGAAAGAAGUUGGAGAUCAUCCACAAUGUGGACGGAUUUGAUAGUGUGUUCAGCACAAAGGACACUUUCGAUCUCGCUGAGAUUUGCCAAUUGAGAGAAGAGAGUCGCCACACUUACGGACGAAUUCAGACCACUCACUAUGAAAAUGUGUCGGAAGUGUCGCCAAAUUCCAGCAGUGACGAAGUGAGGGAUUCGUCACUGGCCGCCUGGAUGAUAUCACUUCGGUGGGAAGUGGUUGAUUACACCGACAAUUGUGCGAUCAAUGUGAAAAGCGUUCCGAGCAAGCUCGACGAUCUCCAGCCGUAUCAGUUGCAAGUCUCAAGUGAGUGCUGGAGGGAGUUUGCGUGUGCCGAAGAGGAGGACUUUACUCAGCAUAUACUUAUUUUCAUUGAGAGUGUGAGUGAAAAGUGCCGCAGGAGAAGAAGAGUUACAAGUGAGGAGGUGCUGAAGAGUGAAGUGAGUGAGGAAAAAUCACUGGAAGUUGUUCAGAGUUCGAGAAUCUCCUCCUUCAAUCCAUUUGACUUUUUAAACAGAAUUUUCCUGUCCAUCGGCAUCAAUACGGCUCUGCUGGAUUUCAACAACGAGCUCAUUGUCUUCUGCCUGCAGACUCCAACUUGGCGUCAAAACUGCGGAAAGCGCGUCAGUGAGUGUGAUAGUGGAUUAGUCAUGCAGAUUCUGGAUAAAGAGGACAAUCUCUUGAACCGAGGAAAAUGCCUCAACACUGACAUGUCGACAGAGAAGAGCUUUUCACCGCAGCCAGACACCAAUAAUUUCAACACAUUGCCCGGCAAGAGACCUCCAACGGAUGCUCAAGAUUUUAAUAUUAAGUGUGAAUCAGAGAAAAUCUAUCAUCCCAUUUGGAAAUUUCACACGGUGGGAAUUGGACGAGAGGCAGUCGAGGCUUUGGAAUACAAUUCUGAAGACUUUGUAGAGGAAAUUGACUCUGGAGAGUGGGAAAUUGCCGAAGAGUUCGAAUUCUCCUCCAGUCGCGAGUGUCUGGCAGUGGAGGAAGUCGAAGAGACUGACGAAACCUCCCCUUUCCGCACAAUUUGCAUACUAUUCAACCGGGAGCAGCCCCAUCUCAAUCGCUUCAUUCACAACUACAAGAGGCAUCGACACGUCUUCGAGCAGCCAAUUAAUUCGACUAACCAAAGACAUCAAUGUGAGACUGUAGGAGACAUUAAGAAUCCCGCCGAAGGCGCUUCCGUCAGGAAUUUCUCAAUUCCUGACUCUGUGAUGGCAUGGAAGUUCAUGUUGCUCAAUGCAAACUACCCUGAAGACGAAGAAGAUGUGAUACUGUCUCCUUCCAGCUUUGAAGCACUCAGCCAAAGUCAAAGUAACACUGGCAGCCCGAUGGAGUCUUUAAAGGCCAUGGGCGGCAAAAGCGUGGAUUUUCUGCGAGGACGCUCUAAAGAGGACGAAAAUGUUAUGAUGUCUGGGACCUACAAAUUUUCCCUCGGUCACUUUAGCAACAGUGUAAACAACUUAUCAACUCUCUCGACUGACUCCCAGAAAUCAUCUUCGUCCGCCUCAUCAACUCAUUCGCCAAACUUGGAGGCCAAGAAGUUGCCUAAAAUACUGAAUCCUCUGGCAAAGGCUAUCUCACCACCGGUUUCGAUUCGCUUGAAGAAGGAGGAGAAGUCAAAGAUAGUGUUUGGACCAAAUCUCAAUGAUAUUCUCCUGGAUCCCAACGAACAGAUCCCAAAAUUUGUCGUGAGGUGCAUAAAAUGCAUUGAAGACUAUGAAAAUAUCACAACAAAUGGUAUUUAUCGGGCAUCUGGCAAUAAAAACCUCAUCGAGGCGGUGAGAAAGAAGAUGAAUGAGAAGCAUCACAUUCGCAAAGAUCUCAUAUGGACAUUUCUGGAGAAGCAAGAUGUGCACACACUCACCGGCAGUCUCAAGCUCUUCUUCCGCAAUUUGACGACACAGCUUAUUCCUGAUGACGUCUUUGAUCGCCUUCCUCAGCCCUUGGAUGAAAACGCUGUUCCGUCGAUUAGGGCAGAAAUCCUGUCACUUCCCGAUAUCUCUAGGAAAACUCUCAAAUUCCUCAUUCAACACCUCGUUAAGGUAACUCAACAUUGCCGCGAGAAUUUCAUGAAUUCUGCAAAUCUGUCCAUCUGCUGGGGCGCCUGCAUCUUCGCCUCGUCGCAGAAGGCUCUCAUGACUUUCGACACGAACGACGUGAUCAGGAAAAACUACCUGAUAAAGCUGCUGAUUGAGAAAUAUGACAGUAUUUUUGACCAAAUUAGAUGAUUAAUGUAUAGAGUUAAAUUGAUUUAUGCCAGUUUUUUGCUACUAAAAUCACUAAAACAAGAAAUAAAUUAUUUGUCAAUACACAAAA